AUGUUACCAUCAACUCCUCCAAGUGGAAGACCCUGGCAGAGGACAAAGAAGAUACUGGAUGUUCAAAGAUGCUAUCAAGCCUAUCAUUACCCUGAUUCAACAAUGGUCAUUAGGGGCCUCCCACCUGCCAUUGAAGAACCAGACCCUGGAGUAGAACUUGGGGUGGAAGAUGGUCUACUCUGCCAACUGCUUCAUUCUCCAGAGUUUAACCUGUUUCCCAACUCGGCUGUCUUUGAAAGCAACUUCAUCCAGAUUCAUGCCCUGGGGGCUACUUUUCAGGUAACAAAGUACAAUAAUUGGAGAAACAUCUAUGAUUCAUCUACAACUGUGGCUCUUGGUGUGACCUCAUCAGUGCCAUGCCUACCUCUUCCCAACAUCCUCCUGAUGGCCAAAGUCAAGUGGCCCAAAGGGCAAUCUCCAAAGUGGAUCUGUCCAAUAGAAAUGCCAACUAUCACCCUCAAGAGAAUUCUCCCACUAAAGUUUGUGGAGCUCCAAGUUUGUGACUGGUCUCAGCGUAUCCUGAGGGUCCGGACUGUUGCUGAAAAAAUGUACUACCUAAAACUCCACAUAGACCACCCUGAGGUUGUGUUCCAGUUCUGGGUCCGGCUGUUGUGUAUUCUGGACAGAGGACUGUCCAUCACCACUAAAGACCCGAGAAUUCAUGUGCCUCACUGCCUGGUACCCAAGGUCUGCAAGUCCUCUGGCAAUGGCCCAGAAGCACUCGAAAAUAGCAAACCACUACCUGCUGGACCAAGUGAGAGUCUUGCUCUUCUUAUGGCCAGGGGGAUGUCUGAAGCCUCAAAGCGCCCAGCAAACUUGACCCAUCACAAGAAACCAGUCAGGACCACCGACAUCAACCUCAUGGAGAUCAUCAGAGAUAUUCAGGCAAGAAACCCAGAGCAAGAAUGUUCCUCUCAAGAAAAUAUUCAAAGAAACAAAGGAAAUCUAUGCUUGCGAGAUUCUUUCUCUCAUAGUAUGUGGGAAAGAGAAAAUCCUUCUGGGCUACAGUCUCUGUCUCUCCUUAGCACCUUGGCAGCCUCCAUUCAUUGCUUUGGACCUCAGUCUUAG